AUGAUUGCAGCCUCUGGUUUAUCGCACGAGCAUUCGCGACCUCGCGAAUCCUCAUUCAGAUCAGACUCGAGAAACCGACCGCGCGAAGUGCCCCAGGCAGUCUAUUCGCCUCCCAAUUCCGCAACAUCAUACCGAUCUUCGGCAUCGAGUGCGACACCUUUCAAACGAUCUUGGGAGUCGACAGAAACAGUAACUGAGCAAAAACACAUCUCGUCUACUGGGGGUGCCUCACGAUUUCCUACGCCACCCGAUUCCUCUUCGCCGAACCCCGCUUCUGAACGCGUAAGAGCACAGGAUGCGAGUCUCUCGUCGUCGUCGGAAUACAUGGCAUCGGAUAUCCAGACAACUGCACCAGUGGUACCUGUACCGGGUAGUUCUACACCAACGCCGACUCAGCAACAGCCCUCUCCCGAGUCCGAUACGUACACGUCGCCGACCCCGCGGGUUCAUGCCGACGAUGCCCCGCCCCCACAAGAAGGGCGCACCGUCUACGUGCGCGACCUUGCGCACAUCCAGAGCCUCGCCCGUGCCGAUCUGAUGAACGGUGGAAAUGGCCCAGGCAUACUAAACGAUCCACCGCUCCAAGCGAUGAAAUAUGAGAUUAGUCAAAUGCCUAUAGGUGAUAUUAUUGAGAUGGUCGCCGCUCUUCUAACAAAGAUCACGACCACCAACGACCUGCAACAUGAUGCUCUACAUAGGAAUGCAACGCACCAGCAAACCGCAGCCACGCAUAACAGCGAAGGCACAUCGAUGAGCCCUCUCAGCAGCUCCGUCCUUGCGUUCCAUGGUAAAAACGUUCCCGCAAUUACGAUCUUAAGUUAUUUGAGUAGGAUUCAUAAGUACUGCCCGACCACCUAUGAGGUCUUUCUAAGUCUUUUGGUUUACUUUGAUCGGAUGACGGAACGCGUCAACACCAUGGUGAUGGAGGCCGAGGCAACACGGCGGCAGUCCCAGACUCAGCAACCCCGCGCCCCGGCGGCAGAGACGCAACCCGGCCAGGUAGCCGACAGCGAAAUGCGGGAUGAUGAUAGCGACAGCGACGAAGCUGAGACCGACCUUGUCGACGACAGUUCUGAUGAGAAAGGGACAUCGAAGAGACCUAGCGAAAAGAGAAUCAGGGAACCGCCACCAGCUCCAUCCGCUGCGCCGGCCACUUAUUUCGUUGUCGAUAGCUUCAACAUACAUCGAUUGAUAAUCGCAGGUGUCACUUGUGCGAGCAAAUUCUUCUCGGAUGUUUUCUACACCAAUUCGAGAUACGCCAAGGUUGGUGGUCUGCCUUUAGCUGAGCUCAACCAUCUCGAGCUACAGUUCCUCUUGUUGAACGAUUUCCGUCUUGCCGUCCCCGUCGAAGACCUGGAAGCGUAUGCUACCAUGCUAGUCGAAUUCUACGCGCGGGAGGUAGUUGCACAACGCUCGCGGCCCCUCAGUGGAACCGAGUGA